ACACUGUAUCCAUAUAAAAACUGGGAUGGGAUUCCCAGUGCCUCUUCCCAGCAGGAGGAGGAGGGAAGCCAGCCCAACAUGAGGGCAGCUGUGGCCCUGCUGCUGCUCCUGGCCACCGCACAUGCAGCACACCGAGGUAAAGCUUAUGUCCGGGAGAAAGUCUGCCACGAGUACAGGAUGCUGGGGAAGGAGAACUUCCGAACCCUGACCAUCCUCACCAGCAGCCAGAAAUACUCCAACGGCACCUUCGAGGAGAUCAGCCACCUUGUCCAGGCAAUCGUGUCCCUGGCUGAGACCUGCUGUGCCGACGGUGCCCACCCCUCCUGCUACGAUGCGGGGUCCUCGGCCCUGUCGGUCAAGUCCUGCAGCGCGGACUCGCCGUUCCCGGCGCAUCCCGGCACGGCCGAGUGCUGCACCCACGAGGGGUUGGAGCGCAAGCUGUGCCUGGCAGCCCUGCGGCACCCGCCCCAGCCGCUGCCCCGCUACCUCCAGCCCUCCGACCAGGAGCUCUGCCAGGCCUUCCAGAAGGACCCCCGGGAAUUUGCAGACAGGUAUCUGUACGAGUACGCCAGCAGCUACAGCCAGGCACCCCUGCCUGUGCUCCUGGGCUCCACCAGGACCUUCCUCUCCAUGGUCUCCACCUGCUGCAUCUCCCCUGCACCCACCGCCUGCUUCCUGAAGGAGAAACUGCAAAGAAAAACCCUCUCCCUCCUCACCUUGACCUCAAACCGGGCUUGCUCCCGCUUCUCGGCGUACGGGAAGGACAAAGUCACCUUCAGUUACCUGGCCUCGCUGGCCCAGAAGGUGCCCACCGCUUCCUUCGAGGACCUUUUCCCCCUGGCCGAAGGUGCUGCCGAGGUGCUUUCCCAGUGCUGCGACUCGGUGGCUGAGGACUGCAUGCAGAAGAAGCUGUCGGAGCACACGGCCAAAGCCUGUGCCACACUGUCGGCCCAGGACGGACGCUUUGCCAGCUGCUGCAGGGGGAAAAACCUGAUGGAAAACUAUUUCUGCAUCCUGGCCUUGCCCCCAGCGCCUGCCCCCAAACUGCCGGAGGCACCGGAGCCGACCAACAAGGAACUGUGUGGCAAGGACGGGGGUGUCCAGGCCACCAGGUCCCUGUUCGAGCUGGCACGGAGGCACCCCAGCCUCCCUGAGGCUAUCCUUGCCAAGCUCUAUGAUGCCUCGGAGAAAAUCCGGGGGGAAUGCUGCUCAGCCAAGGACCCCUCUGCCUGCCUGGACAGCAAACACCAGUGGAUGGGAGCAGAGCUGCCCCCCGUCCUGGAAACGGCCAGCCAGCUCUGUGAGCAGUACACCAAGCUCUAUUUCCUUGAUUUCAAGAAGAGGCUGCGGGAGAGCCUGACGCAGGCGUUUCCCGAGGCCAGCACGGAGCUGCUGGAGCAGCUGCUGGAGCAGCGAGUCUCCUUCGCCUCCACCUGCUGCUCCUCGGAUGCACCUCCACUCCUUUGUGCUUCCAAGGUGAGCUCGGAGCUGGGAGAGGUGUGCAAGCAGGAGCCCUGCCUCCUGGGAUAGGGGCUCAGAGGGAGCAGCCGCUGGAUCGCUUC